GCAGCUUCAGCCAACAUUUAACCUUUUUUUUGCAAGCUUGUUAUAGAGUAGAGAAACAUAUGACUCCUUGGAAUACUUGCUAGUUUCACUGCAUUGACUCCAGUGACCAUGAAUAACAUUAGGCCUGCAGCUCUGAAGAAAAAGAGGAAAGAUUUUAUACCUUACUUUUUAGGAUUCGUAAUAUUUUUAUAUUGCGCGGUUCAUCUUGUAUCAUUCACAGCAAAAACAGCUCAGGAAACCCAUUCUACCAGGGUGCGUCGGGCUCUUGAGAAUGAGACAGAAUGCAUCUCACCACCGUCCUCCGAGUUUCCUGACGGCUUCUUCACGGUGCAGGAGAGGAAGGAUGGAGGCCUCGUUAUUUAUUUCAUGCUUAUUUUCUACAUGCUUCUGGCUGUCGCAAUAAUCUGCGACGAUUACUUUCUGCCUUCCUUAGAAGUGAUCAGUGACCGCCUGGGACUGUCUCAGGAUGUAGCAGGAGCCACAUUUAUGGCAGCUGGGAGUUCUGCACCUGAGCUGGUCACAGCCUUUCUGGGUGUGUUCGUGACAAAGGGAGACAUCGGGGUCAGCACCAUUGUGGGAUCAGCGGUCUACAACCUGCUUGGAAUCUGCGCAGCAUGUGGACUCUUGGCCCCUCUGGCCGGGCGCCUCACCUGUUGGCCACUGUUCAGGGACUGCCUGGCAUAUGCCAUCAGUGUUUCUGCUGUUAUUGCCAUCAUUUCUGAUAACAAGGUGUACUGGUAUGACGCUGCGUGUCUGCUGCUGGUCUAUGCCGUCUACAUCGUGGUUCUGUGCUUUGACCUUCGCAUCAGUGAGUUUGUCCUGAGGAAGCUGAGCCCUUGCUGCACCUGUCUGGGUAAAGGAUCAGGUGAGAAGACUGAGACGCAGCCUCUGAUGGGCUGGAGCGACGAAACCAGUCUGCGAGUUCACAGUCGCUCCAGGACAGACAGCGGGAUCUUCCAGGACGACUCGGGAUACUCUCACCUGUCCCUCAGCCUGCAUGGCCUCAACGAGAUUCCUGAAGAGCAUAAAAGUGUGUUUGCCGUGCCGGAGAGCGACCUGAAGCGGAUCCUCUGGGUUCUGUCUCUGCCCAUCAUCACUCUGCUUUUCCUGACCAUCCCUGACUGCAGGAGAAGGUUCUGGAAGGGAUGGUUCAUGAUAACCUUCCUCAUGUCAGCGGUCUGGAUCUCAGCUUUCACGUACAUAAUGGUGUGGAUGGUCACUGUUGUCGGCGAGACCCUUGGCAUCCCUGAAACAGUUAUGGGACUCACUCUCCUUGCUGCUGGAACCAGUAUACCCGACACCGUAGCCAGUGUGAUGGUGGCCAGAGAAGGGAAAGCCGACAUGGCCAUGUCCAACAUUGUGGGCUCUAAUGUUUUCGACAUGCUGUGCCUGGGCCUGCCUUGGUUCAUCAAAACUGUCUUUGUGGACACCAACAACCCUGUAGAGGUCAACAGCACUGGACUGGUCUUCAUUUCCGCCACGCUCCUCCUUUCCAUCGUCUUCCUCUUUGUAUCCGUUCACAUUAACGGAUGGAAGUUGGACUGGAAGUUGGGACUCGUUUCUCUCUUCUGCUACAUCGUCUUUGCCACUCUGUCCAUCCUCUACGAGCUGGGGAUCAUUGGGAAUAAUCCCAUAAGAUUGUGCAGUGACUGAGAUCUGACCUCACCAGGACUGAAGCCACAUUGACUCAAACAGCAGCCCCAAAACACUUCCCAAAACUGUGAAGUCUAAGGAAAUGUGGUCCCGCUCACACAAUAAGAUAUUGUGCCAUAGAAGACGUGUGCUGGUCACAUCUCAUGAAGAGGAUGAUCUCAAUUCAUAUAUAUAAAUAUAUAUAUUUAACUUAAGGUGGAAGUGUGCCAAAGAUCAUUCUCUUGUGUGUGCCUGUCAGAUCCAGGCCUGCCUCAUCAUCAUACAACUAAGACCCAUUAUCAUGUUCUGCAAUUGUUCUUCUUACUCAAGGCCCAAAAACAGAAAAUGGGCCGUCCCAGGAGUGACUGCUGAGUUCAAAUAAAUCCAGAACUGAAG